UAAAUCAUAACAAAUAUCCUUGGUUAGAAAUAGAGUACAGGAUAAGAUAAACUAAUCAACUGCAAAUAUCAAUGCGAUCGCGCUCAUAUUGCUACUGGAGAAAAUUUAAUAGAUAUCUCGCUUCUGACCACUUUUUUUCAAUAAAUUGUAACUUGAUCAAUUUCCUCAGUGACGUAACGAUGUAAAUGUUUGAAUAGUUAAUGUAUUGGUGCAGUUGUCAACAAUAUUUACUAUUGCUUCUUAUGCCAUAAUACUCAUGCUUAUGGGGGUUUAGUAUAGAUAAUGCUGGGUUAUAGACUGUUUAAAAUAAUUCCAGUGAUUGCUUCAAGUAUUAGUUUCUAGCAAGAACUAAAGACAAAUGUGCCUUCUUUGUGGGAGAGGGACUGAAAAUCUAAUCUCUUAAAGUGCCAUUUAUCAAUGAUAUGGAAUUCGAUUCUGUUAGCCUAGAUUCAGAUGAAGGAGUUGAGUUGUCAGUCAACGAGCAUGGCUACUACCCGGAAGAUUUUCUGUACGCCGAAGAAGAAAACCAACAAAUGGUUUUGGAAGCAAAAACUGUGUACCUACUCCUACCAAAAAACAUACCAGUGUCGAGAGCGGCAAGGCUUCAGUGGCUCUUGAAUCAUCUUAAUUCCGUUAUAACUAUGCCGACAACGCAGAAGUGGAACAAUUCAACUGAAAUUGAAAUAGUGUCCAUAGUACCGAGGGAGCAACUAAUUUCUAAGUGUAAUAAAUUCCAAAUAACCGGCCGUACUGAACUAAAAUUUUUGGCUCAUUCUUAUAGAAUAGUUUAUUGUUUGGACAUGAGCCCUUCCCAAGCUACCAUUGACAUUCAAAAAGGGGAAGUUUUGUUCGACGAGAUAUUUGAUUGUUUCAAGCACAGCCUUGAAGGAUUGACCCAACAGUUCACUGUACCUGGUAACCCGGUGGUGUUCAAGCCCAACAUAUAUUUAACCGUAAUUGUGAACACCCCAUUUUUUAUGAGUCCUGCUCAACAAGUUCUAGUCAAAGGUGUAGAAAUUACUAGUACAAAGUUGCCUGAAAUUAUUAAGUUUGUAGGAGACCAAUUUCAUAUAAUCGAAGGUAAAAUAGCAGAAGUAGCUACAUUCGCUUACGACCAGAUGGAUAGUGAACGAGUAAGUGAAAAAAAAUUUUUUUAUCUUCCUUAUAACAAUCUUUUAAUUCAGGCUCAAAACGAAAGUAAUGUCUUGAAUUUAAAUGAAAGUGAAAGAUUCGGUUUGAAAAUUUCUAUGGUUUCGCCUGAUGCAAAUUUCGUGAAUAUGUUGAGAUAUUCUAUGCUGGCCAUAUCACUAUUACCUGAAAAUAGCAUAAGUAAUAUUUUGGUGAUUACAGAUGGUGUUGUAUCAAUGCCAGAUGCAAACAUUUUGGAAUCAUUACUCUUUCAGCUACAUUACGAUUGCAUUUCGGUUUCUUUUCUUAAAGUUGGUUCACCAUUCCAUCCACAUUCUAGUUCUGGUUUUGUCUCAUAUACAGAUUUGUUAUAUUUUUUUGCUCAUUCUACUCUUGGUACCUGCCUACAGUUAAUACAUAAUAUAAACUACCAAUCGUUUACUAUGAUGAAUAUCUAUCACCAACUGUUCCUUGUAUGGAGUUUCCAUACAAAAAAUACAUACGGAAUACCUCAGACUGAUUCAAAUGUAUGGUCUUCAGAAAACGAAAUAUUUCGUGGAUUUAGGAAACCAAAUCUUCUAACGAAACGACAGUCAGAGGAAAAAUCAAGUGCUUCCAUUUUACUCUUAUUGUCUAGAAGAAUGAGAGAAGGAUUCACAAUAGAUCAUAUUUCCUAUAUCAAUGGUUUAUUGGAGGUGAAGUUAAGUUUGGAAUGGAAAUCAUCAAUUUUUAUUUAUUUCAAACUCGCCACACAAUGGCCUGUAACCAAGAGCAACAGUACUUUAUAUGAAAUUUUCAUCGCAGCUCCAUAUGAAUUUCUUCACGACAUAACUUGUCUGAUGAAGAAGGAAAACAAAUCUUCACACAGAAUAGCUAUAAUUGAACGAUUUUGGUUGAGGUUGUCUCAAUUAACAGGAGAGAUUGGCUUUGCCCAGCAAUUGAGUACAUUUCCGACAUCAUCUCUGUGGCAUAAUUUACCAGAUAGUGCAAGAAGUGGUAUUCCUGUUUUUGUUGUAAACAAUCCACUCGGUCCAGACAGCACCAAGUCAUCCUUAAUUCCAAGUGAUGUUUCCUGUCCAAAAUUUAAUCAUCUGUGGCAACCAAUAUGCCAAAUGGAAGGUAAUAGUUGGAGAAAAUGGUUUCAUAUGCAUAAAAUAUCCCUUGUGUUGAAACAUGAUCAACUGCUUCCUAAAGGUUUACACUUGAACCAGACUUCCAGGAGAUACGAAACUGUACAGUGUAGACAGGCUGCUGCGGCAUUGUACGGUUUCCUUUCUGAAUGGUCAACUUUCAUUUUGAUAGAUAAUAAUACAUAUUUGAGAAUCCUAAAAGAACCAGACAAACCACCAGUGUCUUUUUGUAUAAUAAGGAUAACUUCGAAACUGCCUUGUGCUGUUUUACAUAUUGGCUUUUUUACGCCUACACCUGGAUUUCUUAGAAAAGAGGUUAUUGAACAACUGAAGACUGAUAUUUCACAAUUGGCCUAUACGACAGGUCCUUUAAGGAUGAAGGAAAACACCAUAUGUGUUCUAUUUGAGAAACCAAUUGAAAAAGUUCUUAUAAGAUAUGAGAGAAUGCCACAUGAUUUUUCAACUGUGAUAUUUCCGGAUGGUACGCAACCUCCUCACUCAAAUUUAAGUGUUACACAACCACUAACUAGUUCUCUAUUUACAACUUUAUCUCGAUAUCUGUACCAUAAGAGAUGUAUCUGGGGAGCCAGCUAUUCUUUCAAUUAUAGAUUAUCAGAUACAGCUCUUUCGUGGAUUUUGAAUACCAUAACUAAGAUGAGACUGGAAGAAGGCUUUCAUUUUGCCCAUUCUUCAGCUGGUAUCCUGACGAUGGUCAUGGAACUAUGGAUGGAUCCAUAUGCUAGCUGUUUAGUUCAGUAUGUGUUAUUUCCUGUAAAUUACAGCGAAAGUAAUGGUUGGGGGGAAGACAGCAAUAGCUGUUCGGACGAUGAUAACAAUAAAGAUUGUGAUGGUGAAGCCGAACUCCAACUUGUAACUGAAGUCUGGAUAGAACCUCAAUUUGGAAAAGUACAAACUACUAACAAGAGGAUAACAUAUUUCAAUGAUAAAUAUUAUUAUGAAAUAGCCAAUAUGAUAUGCCAUAUUGAUCACAACUGUAUAAAUACUUUACUUACGAUGGAACACCUGAGUUUGAUGUGCCAAGAAAAAAAUAGAGCUUUCAGCAUAGGUUCUUCAACAAAUUUGUUCAACGUGUCAUCUGUUAGUCAGAAAACAGUGAGGAAAAACAGUAAACUGAUUUAUCAUCAAGAAACAAGUCCAAGGGACUCUAAUGGAUUCCCAUGGUAUCCCAUUGUAGCACCAAGAAUUGAACAUAUACCAUUCAACUUCGAUCCCAUCGCUAUUUUACCUUUUUGUCAACAAACCGAACUUCUAUUUUCUUUAUUUGUAGAGGGCAACGAAAAAUUGUGUUUCCAUAAAGGUGACAUAUCCAAAGCGAAUAAGUUGCUGAUGGAUAAUAUCCACGAUCAUUUCAUGGUUCUUCACGAUUCGGAAUUGGAUUUAACAAAGGAAGAAUCUGACAAAUUCACCAAACAUGUUAUUAAGAGAAAUAAAACAAGAGAUUUUAAUUCGAUUUCCGAACCUAAUCGAACAGAAAACUCUGAGGAAGUAUCUCAGUGGCGGUGCUUACUGAAGGGGAUAUCAGUUUCCCAUGUUAUUUUAACAUUCUUUCCGGCCACUUUAGACGACUUGAGAGUACUUAUGGCUUCGGAAAAAUCAGAUAAAACAACUAGUGAACAGGAUUUCUCUGAUAGACCAUGCUCAAGCAGUAGUAACAUUAGCGAUGUGCCAAUUCAUUCAACGAACAGCUUGAUUUUACCUGUUUACGUGUAUGAUUGCCCUCUAAGAGUUUUAGUAAACGCCCAUGUGAAAAACCUGGAAAACAAUUUCGCUCACAAUAAGGACGUGUACGAAGAUCACAGAUUCAAAUUUACCGAAUUUAUUCAGGAGGAGUCUGUCGGGUUGAAGGAAGAGAGUACUCAAAACAGUCCGGAAUCUAAAAGCGACGAUUCCGACUCGUCAGAUUCAAAGAACAACGCUAGAAUUCAUUGUAGAGCGUUGGUUUUAGCACAUUCCAAAAGCUUUGUUCUAUCUCUGUUCGUUGCUCUUCAUUUCGAUUCUUAUAUUCUCUCAUCUGACAUACAGUCUGCGAUGGAUCAAUGCGAGGAAAGCAUUACUGAAAUCGAUAUUACAAAUUAUAUGAUGACUGUAUGUGGCCAUGUGAAAAACCUAAAAGACGAUAAAAUCAGCAUAAAAAUGCUCAACCAACCGGCUCCUUGCAGCGAAUUAAAACCCAUACAUAGUUUGAUCAAGGAGAAAUUUUUUCAACUAAUCAGACAAUCUUUUAGUCCCAUACCAACAAACAACGAGUUCUAUUUUUGUCGAAGUGUAAAUACUUUGAAAAAAGAUAUCAAACAACAAGACAGCGAUGAUGAUAUAUCAAACUUAUCAGAGGCCAUUGAGCCAAAAUCUGACAAUGAAGUUAACUCAAGUUUGGAAAGAUCCCAAAUAUUGCAAAGGAUGGAAAGUGGUUUCUCUGGUAUAAGUGACGUGCAUAUGCCAGAUGUUUAUCCAUUAUUUUUACAAUUAAUCUGUACUAUAAGAUACAACAAUGGGGGUGAUUCCAACGUAUCUGUUAGAGUGCUACCGACUUGUUUGGGUGAAGUUAUUCAGAAUAUAGAAUCUGAAAUCGAGGUUUUAGAUAGGACGAAAUUACACAUAAGUCUGGAUAUAUUGUGCCUUACCCUUCCUAGUAAAGUUCAGAAUGUAAUAACAGAAUAUUCUUCAAAAGGAUUAAGAACAACGUCCUUUUGCUCAGAUGGUUUCCAACCAAGUAUUGGGAGCCCAGACUCAGAAACAAGUUUCACAGAAAUUCAAGACCCGGAAACCUUAGUAAAUCUUCCCGAUUAUCAACAAAAAUCAAUUGUACGACUAAGAGAUGAGAUUAAGUGGCUACUCAAAGAUGAAAUAGCUACAGCGUUGUUAGAUGUUGAACCAGUAACUUCUAGUACGUUGAAUACUAUAGUAAGCCAUGUAAGUCAUAGCACAGGUAAACCUUCAUGUGAUAUAGACAAAAUAAAUUUAAAUUUCGUCUACAACACAGCUGAAAGUUAUAAUAAUUUUGUCGAGGAGUUUUCUAAAAUUGUUGUUUCUCCUUACAAAUUAUGCAAAAAGGAAGAUUAUUUUUAUUUAGUAAAAGAAACGCCAUUAUCGCAUUUGAUGCCUGAUGCCGUUCAAUUCAAUUCAAGUAUAAACGACAGCAGUGGCAUAAAUGAGGAUCUUGAUAUAUUCAGAUCUUCGAGUGACCAGGAAAAGGUUAAGGAUGAAAUAGCUUCCCAACCAAGUGACAUUUCUAGUAUCAAUGGUAGCAUUCUAACAGAUGGAGGAUACGAAGAAGAUGUGAGCGAAGAUUAUGAGGAUUAUGAUUGGCUUACAAACUUCGAUAUGAAACGACCUAAUUUACCUAACUUCUGGCUCAUCAUGAAAGUUGACCACGAUGUCACCAUUUACUUCCAUUGCAGAUUUUUGGAAUUACCUACACCAAAAGUUGGCAUUUAUCUAGAAAUCCAGAGAGCCGUGAGAGACGCCAUAAGAGACCUCUGUAAAAGAGUUAACCAAGCUCUGCUUUUACAAAUGCUGUGUGAAAGUAAGAUAUGUAAUUCUCUAUUGGAACCGGAUGACGAUUACAAAGAUUGGCACUCUGAAUUUAUCAGUUCGUCACCAAGAGCUUCUUCAUUCAACCGUUUGAAAAGUGUGGAAGGUCUUAUAUCUGAAAACAAGGAAGAAAUUGAGGUCUCCAAGUCAAAAUCUGAAACAGAUUCAAGAUUCAAAGUAGGCGAAUUUAGUUGUCCAGUUGUUUGGCAAACUAAUUUUAUAUUACACCCAAGAUUGAAAACAGGUUCGGGUAAAUCGAUCAUUUCCAGGGGGGUUCUCGCUUUGAAAAAUAUACUAGACAAAUUUUCCGUUUUUAACAGAAACAAUAUGUUUGUCUAUAAAGACCAGAUGAAAAAUGUGUUUUACUUGAGGUUACAGGAGAAUAUGCAGCCGAAUUGUGGAAAAAAUCCAUCAUUGAGACCUAAUGAAUAUGAAACGGCCUUGGUUUCUAGAAGUCCUUCGAUUGCCUCUCUACCACUUGGACAUAAAGGAACUCUAGGCCAGUCUGACGCUAGUAUAUCUUCCAGUGCAUCGAGUGAGAUAAGACCACGUGUAAGAAGUUUUGGUGAGAAAGAAAGCAAGAAUAGUCCAAACGAAGACACUCUGAUUUUAAAAGUUCAUGGAAUCACAGCGGUCGGUAGGGAUGUGCAAUAUGAUUUGGUUCAAGUCUUACAAAAUAGACUUGACGAUGCAGUCUUAGAAUUUCUGUCUAUAACACUCGCAAGAAAUGCUAUGUGUCCUUUAACUCCAGAAGAUGUUCGUUUUAUUCAGAAACCUUUUCGACCACCCGAAGUUGUGAUAAGGCUUACAAUUGAAGAAUUUGCGUUGGGAUAUUUAGAAUCGUUCAUCCAUUACCUAAAACAGAACUUGCUUCAAUUUUUAAAUAUUCCUAAAUAUACCGAUCUAAGGUCCCGUUGUCAUUUCCAGGACUUUCCUGAGAACGAUUCUCCCAAUAAUAUGGUAUCGGAAGAUAAUAUCUUCAUCUACAAUCAGAGCCAAAAUCCCUCUUCUGGUAAUAGAGGCAUAGCAUGUAUAGUACUUAAUUUAAUAAACAACGUUAUCAAAGAGACACAAGUUUCGGAUACAUUCAAGACCGAUUUGGAAAACAAAAAAUAUAAAAACAUAAUUUCCACAAGGGUUAUUAAAGCUGAAGAUCCGCUACCUGAUGUUUAUUUGGAAUUCAGGUUAUGGAAGCAAGGAAGAGUGAAUAUAGAUAAUCUUAUCGAAAAAUUGAAUUCAACUGUUUGUCAGUCAGUUUGGGACUUGGUUACAGAAUAUUUUCUGCUUACACAACCUUUAUGUGUAGAAGACUCAUCCAAAUCAGAUUCUAUAUCACCUAUAUGUAUUGAUGAAUUAGAUUUCGAUUCCUCCAAAGAACUUGAAUUCAACGUUUUGAUCAAAAGUAAUAAAGAUAGUAACCUUAAGACGCAUGGUUCUAAUAUCACCAAAACUCAUACACAUGGAAGGAAUAAGAAAAGAGCUGUGGUAACUCUUAAACGAAAAACAUCAAGAUCCAUAACUUUCGACAACACUGGAAAAGAAAAAGGAGCACCGAGAAAUGACAGAUCAUUUUCAAGGCCCACUGUCGAACUUAGUCCACUUGAAAACGGGAAUGAAGGAAUUCUCUCCGAAACUUAUUCUAAAUAUUUACCAGAUUGGUUAGAAUUUGGCGUAAAUCUUUCUGUUCCAUCUGUCAGAAAACACAGAGUGACCUUAACUAACCGCCAUUUAGUGUAUGUUAGUAUAAGGGAAGUGCUCAAUCUAAUACAAGACACUUCAAAAGCAUUUACAGCGGUACCUACAAAUGCCUUAAAGGUGGACGAUCGUUACAAAUAUGUGGUAUACAUUCCAUCAAAUUCAGUUCAAAAAUGUGUAAUGAUUUCAAGAAAUUUCGAACAUUGGAAAGCAAACAAGUCCUUCAAAGAACAUCCGGAGUUACUGGAACUAAUAAGCCCUCAAGUUUUGAAACAUACUCAAAAAUUUACACCUCUAGCUACUAAUAUUUUUGUGCCACGACAAAAAAUUUUGUGGGCUUUUAUAGAGAAUGACAAUAUUAUCAUAUAUACCUAUAAUUGGACAAAAGAAAAAAUCGAUAAAUUGGUAUCUAACUGUACAAACUUGGGUUUGUGGUUGAGUGUUCGUUCCUGCUUUUUGAAUUCGUUAACAGCUCAGAAAUUGGGACUUUUCCACAAUCAAUAUUUAGCUAGAAAAAAUUUCUUGAGUUCCAACAAUCCGUAUGUAUGUUACAUUGGAAACGUGGAAUAUAUGAGAGAAUUACCGAAAGACAUACCCAGAAGAACUAUAGCAAAUACAAAUCUAGCAAAAUCAUUGGACGUAUUCAGAGAUGCCUUUCAAAAAACUAAUUAUCCUUCAAAUGACAUUGUUGUCAUUUUAACGAUAGAAAUGCGAGAAGUGAAGUCAUGGGAGGAAAAAUGGAACGAAGAGAUGAAAAAAUUGCACUCAAUGUACCAAUCCAGAACAAGUUCUACAACAGUUCCUCUAAUAUUUUUACUCAUGCAGAACUCACGAAUUAUUCAUUACUGUCAUACGCCCCUACUAUUUUUACCUAAAUGGAGGUUAAAAUCUGCAGCUACUAGAGAUCACAACCUAUAUCCUAACACACAUGCUGAUCAAAUAGCAUUGCGAAAAAACGAUCCUUGGCACAGUGAUCUCUGUUACGGUUUCUUCUGUGAAUAUCGUCGUUAUUUGCAGACUCUUGGUUUUAUGCCAUUACAAUUCGACAACAACAGCAAGCCAGGGAUGUGGUCCAAAGACAAUUCAUCAUACGACUCUGUGUUCUACAUACAGAAAACAAUUCUAGGCGGUAUUUUACUUUUUACUGCUGAAUUUGUUGAACCAUUUUUUACUACGAAGCUUCAUGCCAUCGAAUGUAACAGACUACAAAAUAUUAGUUCAAGGGCCUCAAUCAACAGAUUCACACUCAGCUUUUUGGAUGAAUGCGACAGAGUUAAGAUGUACAUGCAUCUACAUUCAUUCACUUAUGAUUAUCAUCUUCGUUCAGUUCACAACUACAUAUCAAAUAACUCCGGAAUAAAUAGAUUAUGUGAAAAUUAUAACUUGAACCAAUUCCUGGAUGAUUUUUUGAAAUAUUAUAAUAAAGCACCGAAUUUCGCUAGGAAUUUAGUGCAUGAAGAUACCUUGACAAUAAAAGACCUUCUAACUGAAGGAAAACAAUUAUACGAGUAUUUAUUACAAAACAUUGACCAGUACAAUUUCAAAACAUUGAAAAUGGAGAAAAACAAUGGAGAAAUUGAACAAAUUCUUGUGCAAGUGACCACAACGUCUCAAGUGCAUUAUACGGAUUCCCAAGAUUGUCACCAUACAGAUGAUUUUGAUAUAACAUUGGUUAUUUGUAAUUUAUGUUUUCCUUACAGCCCAAGUGAUUAUGUUUUGCACUUAAAAUAUUAUCUCAUAUUAACAUCAAAAAGAGAAAUGUAUCCCGCUAUUGGUCGAGAAGAAAAACUGGGGAAAUUCAAAACAGUUUCGUCAGCAUCUAGAAGCAUUCUUGGAGCAACAACGGAAAGAGAUGAAUGUGUUUCAAACCAAUUCAAACCUGAAAAUUUCGAGGACAUAUCGUCAAUUUCUGAAAAUGAGCAUGACGAUAAUGAAUUGAAUAACGAAAAAUCAAAUGUAACUUAUAUAGAAAUAAGUACGGAGAAAGUGAAUUAUUUGGGGUACUACUCUUCUCAUGAGGAAUUGAUGCAAAAACUCAUCUUAGAAAAAGCUCAAACCACACAUAACGCUAUAACAAGUAUGGUUAAGAAAGGUAUGGUUCAAUGUAGAAGUGAUUUAUUAUGGAAUAAAUUGUUGUCUAGUGAGACUACUUUAACAUACAACGAAUUUGUUGAAUUGAAGAAUUUGUCUCGUCCGGAAUUACUCUGUAAUAUCCAUCCACAUUUAAGUCCUCUUUUGAAUCAACCAAUAUCAUGGUAUGAAGGUCUUUCAAAACUCCUACUCGUUAAGUAUAACGAUAAUAAAAGGACUUUUAUAUCACUAGAUGGUAAUGUCCAGCAAUAUGUGAUACUACAUCCGAAUUAUUAUGGAGCGUUCAUGUUAUUAUCGAUGGAUUUACACAUGGCUAGAGGGGAUUUAUAUGCAGUAUAUCGAGAAAUGGGAAAAAACGAGGAUCUUGAUGUUUGUCGCGCUUACCGCAAACAAUUACUAGAUGGAUUUGUUAAUUGUAUUGCAUUUUACUUGUGGUCCGGAAUGAUUUGAGAAUAAUCAAUAAUUAUAAUUACCUCAAAGUGAAAUCAAUUGAUCGUUGACAAUUAUUCAUUUUUUUCAUUGUCUUUAGUUUAUACAAUAAUCAAUUCAAUUUAUUAUUUUUCCUACAUAUUAGUAGGCAAGACUGUUAUUCUAUUAUUACAAUAAUGAUUUCAUCACCUAUAUUCAUAUAAAGCAAAUAAGUACCUCAUUGAAACUAUUGUAAUAAGUGUGUGUAUAUAUAUAUAUAUUUUUUUAUUGUCUUUGCUGGUGAAAAUAAUCUGAAUUUUGUUGAAUAUUUUAUACAUUGAUAUUUUGUGGAUAUUUUUUUGUCUAAUAGUUCCAGGUUAUUGAGCGUGGUGAAAGUGAAAUAGCUAACUAAAAUUUUUGUUGUAACAUAAGAGAGCAUCACUGUGAUAAAUUUACCUCUGUUUUGUUAUUGAGAACUAUUAAAUAUUUUUUUAUCUCCAUGUGCCAUUAAUAAAAAUGAAUAUUGAA